CAUACAAAAUAUCAUCAAAAUUAUUGUUUCUAAAACUUAAGAUGGAAAAAGUAAUUUUGCUUUCAUUCCUUGUGGCCCUCUCCAUACAACUUUUGAGCAUUGAAGCACAAAUUAUCUCUGACCCGGUGCUGGACAGCUCCGGCGAAGAAGUCCUCACCGGAACGGACUAUAACAUAGUACCGGCCGCCGGAGACACCGAAGGCGGCGGCGGCUUGACACUAGCCAGCGGCCCAAACUCUACCUGUCCGCAUCUUGUAGUCCAAUCUUCUGACGCUUCUUCCAACGGCUUCGCUGUCCAAUUUUCAUCCAUUAAUCCUGCCUUCAACAAUGUCCAGGUAUCAAUAGAUCACAACAUCAAAUUCUCGGCCGUGACCACUUGUGUUACGUCUACGGUAUGGAGGCUAAACUCUGAAGAAAUCAGUGGCGAAUCUAUUGUGACAAUAGGCGGAGAAGAAGGCAACCCAGGCCGCGAUACAGCCAACAACUGGUUCAAUGUUCGGAGAGAUGGAAAUGCGUACAGACUCAAUUUCUGCCCAAUCCUGUGUGAUGAUUGUAGCUGUGGGGACCUUGGACUUUUGGAGGUUGAUGGAAUAACAAUUCUUGCAAUCACUGAUAACCCAUUGAGGGUUGUGUUUAAGAAGGCCUAAUAUAUGUGUAUAUGUAUUUGUGUAUUAAUUUGGAAAUAUAAUCUUGUGAUGUAAUAAGCAAGACAAGAUCUAUCCUUGCCUUGUACUGAUGAAUAAAUAAAGUUAUGUCAAAUAAAAAUUACGAGUUUUAAUUUGUA